GCGGGCGAUCAUGCGCAUGCGCGGCGCGCUUCCGCGGCCUGUCCGCCCCCGCGCUCCUGGGAGUGCACGUGGAGCGGCGCCUACUUCGGAGCGGCGGCUGGGCUUGUUCGGGUUUGGGUAGCAUGGGGCGCAAGUUGGAUCCUACGAAGGAGAAGCGCGGGCCAGGCCGAAAGGCCCGAAAGCAGAAGGGCGCCGAGACCGAGCUGGUCAGAUUCCUGCCUGCAGCGGGUGAUGAACAUUCCAAGAGACUGUCCAGUCGUGCUAGAAAGAGGGCAGCCAAGAGGAGGUUGGGGUCUGUUGAAACCUCUAAGACAAAUAAGCUCCUGGAGACCAAACCGUCCCCUGGAAAGCUACCAAAAGAAGAAAUCCAAACACCUGGUAAGAAGGGAACACAGUCCUUGUUUAACGCCACUCGAGGCAAGAAGCGUCCGGCACCAGCUCACAGCAGUGAUGAGGAAGAGGAGGAGGAAGGCUCUGAGGAGGAUGGCGAGGUGGAGGAGAGGGCCCUGUGGGGCUCAGAGGACAGUGAUGCUGAGAUGGUAGAUGACUAUGGAGCUGACUCGAACUCAGAGGAUGAGGAUGAUGCUGAAAAGUUGCUGCCUAUUGAAAGAGCUGCUCAGAAGCAGAAGGCUCGGGAAGCUGCUGCUGGGGGCCAGUGGAGUGAGGAGGACACUGAUGAAGAGGAAGAGGAAGAAAUGGCCCCUGAGUCAGGCCCCACAACGGAUGAAGCAGAUGGGGGCCUGCAGAUCAAUGUGGAUGAGGAGGAGUUUGUGCUGCCUCCUUCUGGGGAGAUGGAGCAGGAUGUCCAGGCUCCAGACCUGCAGCGAGUUCACAAGAGGAUCCAGGACAUAGUAGGAGUACUGCGUGAUUUUGGGGCACAACGGGAAGAAGGCCGGUCUCGUGCUGAGUAUCUGAACCGGCUUCAGAAGGAUCUCGCCACUUAUUACUCCUACGGAGACUUCCUGCUUGGCAAGCUCAUGGAGCUCUUCCCUGUGUCUGAGCUCAUAGAGUUCUUGGAAGCUAAUGAAGUCCCUCGGCCCAUCACCCUCAGGACCAAUACCUUGAAAACCCGGCGCCGAGACCUUGCUCAGGCACUAAUCAAUCGUGGGGUUAACCUGGAUCCCUUGGGCAAGUGGUCAAAGACUGGACUUGUGGUAUAUGAUUCUUCAGUGCCCAUUGGUGCUACUCCUGAGUACCUGGCUGGGCACUACAUGCUGCAGGGAGCCUCUAGCAUGUUACCCGUCAUGGCCUUGGCGCCCCAGGAACAUGAGCGGAUCCUGGACAUGUGCUGUGCACCUGGAGGGAAGACCAGCUACAUAGCCCAGCUGAUGAAGAACACGGGGGUGAUCCUUGCCAACGAUGCCAAUGCUGAGCGGCUCAAGAGUGUUGUGGGCAACCUGCACAGGCUGGGAGUCACCAAUGCCAUUAUCAGCCAUUACGACGGCCGCCAGUUCCCUAAGGUGGUGGGCGGCUUUGACCGAGUCCUGUUGGAUGCUCCCUGCAGUGGCACUGGGGUCAUCUCCAAGGACCCUGCGGUGAAGACCAACAAGGAUGAGAAGGACAUCCUGCGCUGCGCUCACCUUCAGAAAGAGCUGCUCCUGAGUGCCAUUGACUCUGUCAACGCCACCUCCAAGACAGGUGGCUACCUGGUGUACUGCACCUGCUCCAUCAUGGUGGAAGAGAACGAGUGGGUGGUGGAUUAUGCCCUGAAAAAAAGGAAUGUGCGGCUGGUGCCCACAGGCCUAGACUUUGGCCAGGAAGGUUUUACUCGUUUUCGAGAAAGGCGCUUCCAUCCCACUCUGCGUUCCACUCGGCGAUUCUACCCUCACACCCACAAUAUGGAUGGUUUCUUCAUUGCCAAGUUCAAGAAAUUCUCCAAUUCUGUCCCCCAGGCUGAAGCAGGAAAUUCUGGAAGCGGCACCCCUACAGACUUGAUGGGUCAGGAUACUCCCAAGUCUGAGAACAGCAGCCAGCCAGCCAAGAAAGCCAAAGUGGCCACCAAGGCAAAGCCAUCAUUGCAGAAGGGUCAGCGUCCCAAGAAGGCCUCCUUCCAGAAGCUGAAUGGCAUCUCUGAAGGGGCAGACUUGGAAUUGUCCACUGUACCUUCUGUCACAAAAGCCCAAAUGUCCUCCAGGCUCCAGGAUAGCAGUCAGCUCCCAGGAAAAGCUAAUGCGAACAGAGAACCAAAGACGACUGGGAAGCUAAAGGGACAGGCACGGAAAUUACAGUUCUCCAAGAAAGCUGCUUCCCUGAGACAGUCUGCCCGGCCCAAGGGCUGGGACUCUGGAAUACCUGCUGUGGUGUCCCUCUCUGAGACUCAGGCGAGCCCCAGGCUGAAGGAUCACGGUCAGACCCUUGAGAAGGCCAAAGGGGCUGGGAAGAAAGCCAAAUUCCAGAAAGAGAAUGGCACCCCCAAGGGCCCUCAGGUCCCCACUGUGUCCCCCCUCAGGUCCAGUCGGCCCCCACCAGCCAAGAAGAGGAAGCCUGCCCCAGGGGUCCACCAGCCACCGUUUUCUUAGCCGCUGAGAACUGGGGUGGCCUGGCUCACUACCACUGUCGCUGGGCUGGAAUGCUGCUUUCUGUUGUGACUUCCCCCCUGUGCAUACAUAUGAAAUUUAAUACACACGUA